AUGUUGGCCAGGUCCUUAUCCCGAAUGGCCGUCCUCUCACGACGUGGGUUGGCUGCGGCAGCGGCUCAGCAGAAGAAUACGGAAGAACUUCGGCUAACUUUCGCCUCUCCAGAUGCAGCAUUCUUCAACAAUGCGGUAGUUAAACAAGUUGAUGUACCUACCCUCGCUGGCAUGGUCGGUGUUCUUGCCAACCACGUACCCACUAUUGGAGUGCUGAAGCCAGGUGUUGUAUCAGUGACUGAUAAUGAAGGUAACGUGACGAAGCUCUUCGUCUCCUCGGGCACAUUGUCGAUGAAUAUCGAUGGUUCCUGCCAAGUUCUAGCCGAAGAGGUUGUAAAAAUUGAAGAUAUUGAUCAAGCAGCCGCGCGAACGGAAUUAGAAGCAGCUCAACGUGCCGCCGUAGAAGGAAGUGAAUUAGCUAAGGCUGAAGCACUUAUACGAGCUGAGGUUGCUGACGCGUUGCUGAAGGCUGCCACUGGACAACAAUAA